UUACAGAAAACAAGUUUUUCAAGAAUUCUUAUGACUAAUCGAACUAAAAAGUGAAUUACAAAAAUAUAUGUGGACUGAUAAAUACUGCUCAAAGCGUUUCGCAAAAACAAAAACUAGAAACAUAACUACUUUUGCAGUCGCCUAUGUUGUAGCGCUGUGCUCUUUGAGUUUAUGACGCCCAUUACAUUCACACACACAUACCGUUAUGCCUGAUUACACACGAACCAAUGUCAGAAAGCGUCUGUUAUCGGCGUUUCGCGAUAAGAUAAGAUAAAUAUUUAUAUGCCUUUAUAUUGGCGGUCACAAUGGGUUACCUUGAAGUCGCAGCGGUUGACAAUUGCUUUAAGGCAGCGCCAAUUCAGUUCGAUACGGGUCGCGCACAAAGGCAGUCGAAAAUCCGCAAUAAACGUGUAACGGGAAGGAAAAUGCACAAACUGCAAUUGCUUUGUGUGAUCACGGUGGCGAUCGCAGCCAUCUGCCUACAGUGCAAAGGUCAGGCAGCGGCGUCAAAUAGUCAAUUAGACGCGCUGAAGAGUCAAUUUCUGCCUGCUGAGUACAAAAAUCGCAAUUUCACAGUGGAUGAGCUGAAGAAAGUGCUGCGCGAAAAGUGUAAGAAGGCGGCGGGCGGUGAAGAGAACUCAACACUGUAUCAAGAAAUUGAGAAGGGCAGCACUGUGCUGACCAGCUGUCUGGCCGGUUUGGCCAAUAUGACAGCGUUGCAGCAGGAAAUUGAGGCGGCACGUCCCAUCGGCGAGCUAGACACAGUCUUCAAUAAAUACUGUGAUAAGGCGCCCAGCGCUGUCAAGUGUCUGCGCGACUUCAAUGCCAAAGUACAACCUUGUCUGAGCGCCAAGGAGAAGCAGCAGAAUAUAGUGCUCAUGCGCAUCGCGACCGGCCUGGUGGAUUUCAUGUGUUCGCGUGGCGGCGAUCAUAUAGCACUUUUCGUUGCCGAAGAGGGUCCCGAGUGCUUGGAGGCGAAUCGUGAUGCCAUCAAUAUGUGUUUAAACAGCUCCUUCCAUGAAUUCCUGCCAAAGGACAUUAAGGUGCCAGAUCUCUUCGAUUUGCCCGAUUUGGUGUUGGAGCCGGGUCAUUGUGUCGAUCUGGAACGUUUUCAAAGCUGCACCAUACACCAUUUGGAGCAGUGUCGCGAAAUUACACCCGCCAAUGUAGCCGAGGCGGUGUUUAAGUUCAUUAAGAACGAAACGAGUUGCAAUCAAUUUAUGCAAGCGAAGGCCAAUGAGCGUCCGAUAUUGAUGAAGGCCAGUGCUGGUGGCGCCGGUGCGACAGUGCAAGCAACGAGCUUCUUCAUUUUGUUACUGGGUAGUAGUUUGAUGUUGUUCAUGAGUCAUAUACUGAAGUCUUGAAGCGGUCGAUAGUAAUUUAUAAUGAUUAUUAUUUCAUAAGUAAAACGAUCAAAUAUUUUUUCAAACAACAGCGAUUGUUAUCGAUAAGAGUUGACUAACGUUUAUGUUCGAUAUUUUUUGGUACAUUUUUGAUAAUAUA